GACGUAAGCCGCAUACAUAACCUAACUUUAAAAUGUAAAUUUAGCAAAUUUAUUAAUAAGCAAUUUUUAUAUAUAUACCAAAAGUAAGGGAUGUUUGAGGAAAUAUCUUUGGAAAAUAGACAAAUACAGCAAGAAUUAUAUGAAGAGGAAUGUGAAACAAAAGAUAAAAACGUAAAAAAUGGAAGAAGUUUUUUAAAAGUUGAAGAUAAGGAUUCGGCAGAAAAUGCCGAAGACUUUAAAUAUAAAUGCUCGUAUUGUACAAAAUCAUUCAAAAUAAAUUCUAAACUUCAACGUCAUUUGCCACUACAUACAGGCGAGAAGAAAUUCAAAUGCCAAGUUUGUAAUAAAGCAUUUACACGAAAAGAAACCCUAAGAGACCAUUUAACUAUUCAUACAGGAAAAAAGAAGUUCAAAUGUACAGUAUGUGAUAAAGGUUUCCUAACGAAUGCUUAUUUGAAAAUACACAUGAGGUUACAUACGGGCGAAAGAAAUUACAACUGCCCUGAUUGUAACAAGAAUUUCACUCAUAAUUCUCUCCUUAAGUUACAUCAAAAGAUCCAUUCUGUUGAAAGACGAUGUGUUUGUCAAGUAUGUGGGAAAACUUUUGCUAACAAUUCUAAUUUAAAACAUCAUUUAACGCAGCACACAGGAGAUAGAAAAUAUUGUUGUAGUCUUUGUCCAAAAUCGUUUGCAAAUAACACUACUCUUAGGUUUCAUAUGAAGGUACAUAACAAGGAAUAUAUUUGUCCCUAUUGUACCAAAGCAUUCGCAAGAUCAAGUUAUCUAGAAAGUCAUCUACCUGUACACACCGGUAAUAAAAAAUAUAAGUGCCCCAUUUGUUCUAAAGGUUUCGCCUGCAAUUCGAAUCUCUCCCAACACCUCAUUUUACACAGUGGCCAAAAGAACUUUAUUUGUCAAUAUUGCUCGAAAGCCUUUGCAUUAGUAUCGAAACUGAAUAGACACAUAGCGAUACAUACAGGCGACAAGAAACACAUCUGUCCUUUCUGUAAGAAAGGAUUUGUCCAAAAUGCCAAUAUGAAAAGGCAUAUAACCACACAUUUGAAUGUUAAUGAUGGAAAGUCAGUGUUUCGAAAUAUUUCCAAUAAUCAAAUCAACACUUUUGGGGGUGUGUAAUGAACUUAUUGUUUUUAUUUAUUUAUAUACAACAAAAAAUAUAUUUGAUUUUACAUUAUCCGUUAAAAAUAUAUUAUUUUUUUUUAAUUUUAUCAAAUACAGAGCUUUCUUUUUCUGUACAGUGUAGUAUAUGAAAUUUAUUUAUACCCAAUAAAUUUAAUAAAAACCUUAAAUCCAA